AUGGCCUCGCUGAGUUCAAUCGACGAUUCCACCUGGAAGGCGUUCAACAGCAGUGUUUCCGGUAGGCUGCGCGAUGGACAACCAAUGCUAGCCCCGUGCUACACCAAUUUCAACGGUCAUGCCCAGUUCCCAAACCACCAGCGGUGUUCCGUGUUGCAGUCGCAUCGGUCAGAUAGUGACUUUGUCUCGGAUCAUUUUGGCGGUUACCAAAACGUGAACUGGGGCUCCUGUCAAGCGACAGGCCAGUUUUGUGCAUUCGGAUCGCUACUGAAUCCCGACCUGGUAACUCCGGUGACCCGGCAAUGCUCCCAGGGCAGCGUGCCUUCCAAAUAUCUGGAAGUACACACGGUCGAGGAUGUACAGAAGGGGUUGGCCUUUGCCAAAGAGCAAAACCUGAAGCUCGUGAUCAAGAACACUGGGCAUGAUUUCAAAGGUCGCAGCUCAGCACCGGAUUCCUUUGCCUUGUGGACACAUCUUCACCAGCCUCCAAUUACACUGCAGAAGAGCUUCACUCCGGAGGGCUGCUCGUCGCCCGUGGGGGACACGAUUUCAUUCGGUGCAGGCCAACAGUUUCAGGGGAUUUACGAGUUUGCACAUGCACAUAACUACCGCGUGGUUGGUGGCACUAGACCUCGCCACGACCCGCGGGUGACCCUGAUGACCCGGACCGCGACCCGGACCACGCAGGUUUUAGGGUCGUAA